AUGUCGUCUCCAGCAGCCUACAUGGCUACAUUAGAAUCAGUGACAACUUAUUUCACUACUUGUGUUGGAUUGUUUAUAAUUACUCUUGGCAUGAUUGGUAAUAUUCUUAAUAUCAUCGUUUUCACCAGUCUUCAAACUUUCCGAAAAAAUCCAUGUGCUUUUUGUUUACUCACGCUGUCGAUAUCCGAAAGUGGCAUGUUACUCUUUUUUGCACUACCAGAUACUUUUGCAAAUAUCUUCAACUAUCGUAGAGAUGCGUAUGUCACAUUUCCAUGCAAAAUUCGCAUGGCAUUUCCUCAAACUUUUGGGAUGAUGACACAUUUUAUAAUGUGCUAUGCUGCUAUUGAUCAACGUUUAUCAACAUCAAUGCCUGAUCGUCAUCAUGGUAUUAAUAUUAGAAUUAUGCGGCAUUUAAUUAUGAUUGCUAUAUUUAUCUCUGUUUUACAUAGCAUUCCAUUUUUUCUUUUCCAUAAUGAACAAUUAUUAGCGGGCACAAAUGGAACAAUAUGUCGUUUUACAGAUACUAAUGGAGUUUUCUCAAUAUAUGCAGUUUAUAUAAAUUUACCUGUGAUUCAAGGAAUACUGCCUAUCAGCAUCAUCAGCGUUUUUGGUCUGAUUGCUUUACGCAACGUUCGUAAUAUGCACAAGAAGAAAGUACAAAGAAUGCGGCUUCAUCUAGAACAGCAGCUGACAUCUAUGGUUUUAACAAAAAUGUUUAGUGCCUGCAUUAUUCUGAUGCCAUUUUUAAUUUUUUAUAUUACUCGAUAUAUAAUAUCAGCCAAUACAAAUAAUACGAUUUUUCAGCGGCAACUUUUUACCGUUUAUCGAUUCUUUAUUAUGCUGUUUUAUUUAAACAGCGCGGAUAGCUUCUACAUUUUUCUUGCAUGUUCUCCUCGAUUUCAUCGACAAUUGAAAUUUGUGCUAUUCCAUAAAUUUUUAAGGCGUUGGAACAAAAAAGGAAAUAUCAAUCCAGUUCAAGGUGUGGAAGAAAGCUUUGCGGUUGGCAUCAUCAGCAACCUUGAACAAAAAUAA